CCCGGAGUCUUUAGCGGCGGGGACACAGUCCGCGCUGAUCUCUGUCUGCCACGUCGGAAAUAUUAUCAGUAAAUUCAUUUCUGAAGCCCUGAAGAGCUUCUAGGACGCUUUCUGAAGAUUUCAGCGGCGAAGCUGCUUGCUGGAGCGAUAUAUUCAAAUAUGGUUUCGGUCAUUAACACAGUGGACACCUCACACGAGGAUAUGAUCCAUGACGCUCAGAUGGAUUAUUACGGCACCCGACUGGCCACCUGCUCCUCUGACCGCUCCGUGAAGAUCUUUGACGUCAAGAACGGAGGACAGAUCCUUGUGGCUGAUCUCAGGGGUCACGAGGGGCCGGUGUGGCAGGUGGCCUGGGCUCACCCCAUGUACGGGAACAUCCUGGCGUCCUGCUCCUACGACAGGAAGGUGAUCAUCUGGAAGGAGGAGAACGGCUCCUGGGAGAAGAUGUAUGAGUACACGGGCCACGACUCGUCCGUGAACUCCGUCUGCUGGGGCCCCUACGACUUCGGCCUGCUCCUGGCCUGCGGCAGCUCCGACGGGGCCAUCUCGGUCCUGACCUGCUCCGGAGACGGACACUGGGACAUCAAGAAGAUCAACAACGCACACACCAUCGGCUGUAACGCUGUGAGCUGGGCCCCAGCUGUGGUUCCUGGGAGUCUUAUUGAGCAGCCGACAGGACAGAAGCCCAACUACAUCAAGAGAUUUGUGUCUGGAGGCUGUGACAAUCUGGUCAAGCUGUGGAAAGAAGAGGACGGUCAGUGGAAGGAGGACCAGAAGCUGGAGGCUCACAGCGAUUGGGUGAGAGACGUGGGCUGGGCUCCGUCCAUCGGCCUGCCGUCCAGCACCAUCGCCAGCUGCUCUCAGGACGGCCGUGUGUUCAUCUGGACGUGUGACGACCCGGCCGGGAACACCUGGACCGCUAAACUCCUGCACAAGUUCAGUGACGUGGUGUGGCACGUGAGCUGGUCCAUCACCGGGAACAUCCUGGCCGUGUCCGGAGGAGAUAACAAGGUGACCCUGUGGAAGGAGUCUGUGGACGGACAGUGGGCUUGUAUCAGUGACGUCAACAAAGGUCAAGGGGUCGUGACCUCCAUCACAGACGGCCAGCAGAACGAGCAGUGAAGACGUCCUCCUGCCCUCAAAGACUUUCACUUUCCUCCCGGUCUCCUCCAAACAGGAUUAUUUCUGAUCGUUCUUAACGUGUCAUUCACAGAGAAGUCAAACACAGAAGCUGAUAAAAGCCGGCUUUAGUGUGUUUCAACACGACCGCUGAAGAAUAAAGGUUUCUAUAUUAAAAUAUA